AUGACCGUAGCACCCGUAGCACCCGUAGCGGCCGUAGCGCUACGCAAUUUAUUUGCAGUUAUUUGUUUGUUGAAGGAUACAGUAUGGCCGCGGCACAUUGGCUCCAGUUCAGAUAUUUGUCACUAUCGCUGCUAUGUCUCCUCGCCACCACCCUUCGGGUCACAAGCGUGUGCGGGUGGUCGGGGAAGCGUAAACAGCGGCGCGUACUUGCGCCGCGUGAGAGGCAAGCUGGGCGAGCACGCUGCGAUGCUGGCUGUGGCGAUCUGCUGCAUACUGGUGCUGCUGCUCGUGUUCAUCAUCCUGAUCAUCGUGGUCGGGCAGAACAUGGAGGUGAAGGGCGGCUUAUAG